UUGACGUUUCAACGUGGUGUCGAUGUUUUAUUUCCGAUGCCGAAAAGGAGGCAACAUAAAAACAACUGACUAAAUUAUUUAACUACAAUGCGUAUGGGAUUUAUUUACAUGGUCCUGACUUUGACUAUGCGCUAUGUAAGUACUUUAUCUCAGUUUAAUAAAAUGCGCACUCUUGGUUCUUGAUGGUUUCCCCCGGACUGCUUUGACUGUUACUCCUCAACUGAAUUUUAAAAAAUUAUUUGCUAGCUAUUGGAUUACUUAUGAGUAUUUUAAGUCAGUUGCAGAGUAUGUUUCUGGUGAAGAUAUGGUUUUUGACAUAUGUUGUUCGGACACCGUCUACAGUUUGCAGUUCUACAUCCCCAGGGAAUGAAACUUAGAUCAUGGGUAGCAAGCCUUGCUUCGUAUUUGCAUUUGCCCUCUGUCCUGUAUCGGCUUAUUACGCAACUGGACUAUAAAACAAAGAUCUGCUGGUAUGAAAACCGUUCUCCAUUCUUUUGUAUUGAUAAUCAAAUGUCAUGGGUAAGUCAUCAAAACGCUGGCAGAGGUUUGCAUUAUGUUAAAUAAUGGAUUAUUUGACUACGUUCAACCUGUGCCGUGGCGUGGAGGUGAUGUUGAUCCACUUCUAAGGUUUAAGUACAGGUAUCGCAUAAUUGUAAACCCGCUCUCUUUACGAACCUAAAAUGCCAUGCUUAUAAAAUCUUGUGAUCGGGAAAGUUUUACGCUUUUGAUAAAGUGGCAGCCGAGUGAUCCGAGGGAGAUCUGCUAGCGAAAUACAAUGUCCAAGAUGCAAGAAGUGCUCCUAGUUGGAGAAGGCAACUUCUCCUUUUCGGCUGCUCUCUCUGAGACCGCGGGGAACGACGUACGAAUCACGGCCACGUGUGUUCAGACCGAGGUGCGAGCGCUCGCCCAGGAAAACGCCGCGAACAACCUCCGGCGACUCCGGGACAGAGGAUCUACGAUACUUUUUGAGGUGGACUGCACGCGUUUAAAGGAGCACGAACACAUUCGGCACCAGCGUUACGACUGCAUCAUCUUCAAUUUCCCACACUGCGGUCGUAAAAGCGGAGUCCAGAAGAACCGGACGCUCUUGGCUAAAUUCUUUGUUAGCUCAGCUGAAGUACUUGAUGACAGCGGGGAGGUGCACGUGACUCUGUGCAACGGCCAGGGCGGCACACCACGCGACAAUCCAAUGAGAGAGUGGCACAAUAGCUGGCAGGUAGUUGCCAUGGCAGCAGAGGCAGGCCUCAUCCUCAGCGAGGUCCGCCCCUUUGACGGUGAUAAAUGUCAAGGUUACCGAUGCACAGGUUACAAGAGUCAGGACAAAGGUUUUCAUGUAGAUGGGGCUCUGAACCAUAUUUUCACUCGUAGCCUGCCAUACGCCAUGCCAGAGAAGAUUAAAAUUGAAACAAUAAUGGGGAAAGAGACCAUUACAUAUGAGCUUCCAGAGGAGCUAAAUGAAUAUGUGAACAGGGACUUCCUUGGCCAGCAGUCACGCCAUCCUGUAAAACUCGUGCUGGAGCAGUUUCUUAGAGAGGUCAAAUCUUUGUGGCCUGUGUGCAUAGUGAGCGGUAGCUUCCCAGAGCUGGUCAGCUGCCGGCAGGAACAGCUUGGGACCUGCGAUUCGAACCUCACUCCCCCAGAUGUCUACUGGAUCAAACAGACGGAAAUGCAGCCCCUCAGCUGGCGCAAAGGCAGGGACAGAGACUACGGGUCAGCAGAGAGUGUGGCAAACUCCAGCGGCAGCUACUGCUUGCGGCCUUCACUGCUGUUGCACGUGCAGGAGAUCGUGCAGAGCAAGGACUUCAGCCCGGGGACGCUUCAUGCCCUGAGCGGCCUUGUCUUCCACAGAGUCCCCAUCUCGCACAGCCAAUCACCCAUCCUCCACCAGCUCCUUCUGGUGGGAGCUCUGCCCUCUGAACAGUUGCCCCUUCUGAGCCUCAGGAACUGCUUGGAAGGAUUGCUCUUGCCUUAUGAUGCCUCCUACAAGGAAGAGAGGCUGGGGGAGGAGUGCCGCGUGACUAUCCACUCCCAGGAUCUGCAGGAAUUGGGCAGGAUAGCAUCUGUGCCCAUGGCAGGCUCUGAGGGAUGGGGCUCCCUCCAGCUCUGUGUGGUGCUGCUUGACCUGGACCAUCUGGCUGCUCUGACCUUUGCGGUGCCCGAGUGGCGCCUGCUCUGGAGCACCGACCCACGCUUCCUGGCAUUCUUUGAACAGCGCCCACUGCCAGGGCCCUUCCGCCCGUUCUCGCUGCACCCACCAAUUUACAGGCAUGAUGUUAGCUUCUGGGUGGAGCCAGAUGCCUUCGAUGAGUUGGACUUCCAUGCUGCAGUGCGGGUGGCCACAGGGGGUGCUGUGAAGGACGUGCAGCUAGUGGACCGCUUCCGACACCCGCACAUGGGCCACGCUAGCCUGUGCUACCGGCUAACAUACCAGUCACCCGACCGUGCACUAUCCCGCAGUCAGGUCCUGGAACUGCAAAACCAGCUGCGCAGACUUCUGCCUCUUCGUCUGCAGGUCACCCUCAGGUAAUCGUCAGAAGAGGGCGAUCCAAAGGCACUAUGUUUAUAUUUCAAAUCAACCAUGGUUAUGCUCCAGAUAUUCCAAAAUCUGUUUGUUUUAACAUGUAAAUAAUGUUUUAAAAGACCAGUUUUGUGAUCUUUGAGCAAAAUGAGAUAACAGGACUUUCUUAAGACUGUGAAAUGCUGAAAGGCAGACCUCUACCUUGAUACCUUUCCUUACAUCAGUCCUCAGGCGUGUACAACUGUGACAUUUUCAUUUUUGUACUACCAACAUCUUCACGGUUGGUAUAGUGACGUAUGGUUAAAAUAGUCUCUGUUAAUGCACGUGAUUGGCUUUGUCAGUGAAUGAGGAGGAAUGUGAGGAUUAGAAUCUUGGUGUUCUAAUUUAAAGGGGAAAAAAAGUUUAAAAAUUUAUUUAAAUUAUUUAAAUUAUUUAAAUUUAUAAUAUGCAAGUUGGAGUUGAGUUUUCAUUUUGCUGACAUCGCAACCCAUGUGACCAGCAGUAAUUUUGUAAUAAUCAGCUGAUUCCUAUUAACUGUACCUAUUGAGUAACAUAGUCAUGUACUUUUAAGUUCCCUUUAAUAACAGUUACUUUUUGGAAGAUCUUAGCAGAAGGCUAAUGCUGCAUAAUUAGAGAUGUUUAUGCUGAAUAACUACAUUUCUUAGUCAGAAGAGACUUUGAGUUAUUAAUAAGAUCAUUUGUUGAGAUUUAGUUUAAUUAAUUAAUUUAUGACCAAAAAGUGUACAUUGAAUGUCCUGCUAUACAAAAUAAUAAAAUUUUACCUUUGGAA